GUUGAAAGAACAAAAAGGUCUAACAAAAGAUGUCGAAGAACAUCGUUAGUCUAUCUGUUAUCUUUUAGUCUUAUAUAUAUAUUUUCUUUAAAAUAUACCUCGAGAUUUGGUGAAGUCGAAAUUUCCUCAAUACCAAACGAUUGCAAAAAAAAAGCUUCAUUAAUACCAAGAAUCUCGUUUUUCCUAAUCUUUUUUUUGUGCCAAGGGGAUUUUCUUGAUUGAGUUGACAUAUUUGCAACCUUCCGAGUCAUAUAGUUAUAAAGAAUGCAAUUAAAGUCGUGGUUGUUGAUACUGCUACUUUUACAGCAGGUUGCGUCGGUGGAGUUGGACAUCGAUGAUGAGGAUUCAAUUUGUGAGGCAGCCAAACAAGUUGUCAAUGGUGAGCUUAAUUAUUACGAGGGUACCAAGAAAGGAGGUACUAUUGGGAUGUUUUCGAAUCCAUAUUACUGGUGGCAUGCUGGUGAAGCCUUUGGUGGGUUAGUUGAUUAUUAUACUUAUUGUGAUUCUGAUAAUAAGACCUUGGAAAAGUUGAUUUACGAUGGUAUGUAUAACCAAGCCGGUGACCAUUAUGAUUACAUUCCCUCUAAUCAAUCGAUGACUGAGGGUAAUGAUGAUCAAGGUGUGUGGGGGAUGGCGGUCUUGGAAGCGGUUGAAAAAAAUUUCACUGAUCCAAAAGACCAUAGUUGGUUAGAAAUGACCCAGGCUAUUUAUAAUACCAUGAAUGCAAGAUGGGAUACUAAACAUUGUAAUGGUGGUAUUAGGUGGCAGAUUUUCACUUGGAAUUCAGGAUACAAUUAUAAAAAUUCAAUUGCCAACGGAUGUUUAUUCAAUAUUGCUGCUAGAUUGGCCCGUUUCACUGAUAAUAAAACCUAUGCUAAGAUGGCGGAGAAGAUAUGGAAUUGGAUGGAAGACGUUGGUUUUGCUACUUACGUUAAAGACGAACUAGUUGUUUAUGAUGGUGCUAAAAUUAGUAAUAACUGUUCUGAUGUGACCAAGAGUAGAUGGUCUUAUACUUACGGGAUCUUCUUAUCAGGAUGUGCUUAUAUGUAUAAUUACACCAAUGAUCACACUUGGUUAGACCGUGUCAACGAGAUCAUCAAAUCUUCCGACUACUUCUUUAAAGAUGGUUAUAUGUACGAGCACACUUGUGGUGGUGGUAGUAAAUGUAAUAACGAUCAACGGUCUUUCCGAUCGUUGUUUGCCCGUUGUCUAGGUUUAACUUCAAUGUUGGCUCCUUCAACAAAGGAUACUAUUGACCAGUGGUUGCAAAAAAGUGCUCAAGGGGCAGCUAAAUCUUGUUCGGGUGGUUCAGAUGGUGUCACCUGUGGUACCGACUGGAGUAAAGGUAGCUGGGAUAAUAACUUUGGUCUUGGUGAGCAAAUGUCUGCUUUAGAAGCUAUGAUGUCGUUGCUAGUGAAGCCCCCUUUGACUGCUGACACUGGUGGCACAUCGAAAAGUAAUGUCAAUGCUGGUACUGAUACCGAAGACAAGAAGAAUAAAAACGAACUAAAGGUGUCCUCCAAGGAUAAAGCUGGUGCCGGUGUCUUGACGGCAAUUGUCUUGCUAAGUGUGUCUGGUGGAGCGAUUUGGAUGCUUUUUUAAUCUUGUUUUUAUUCUACUGAAAGAGUUCUAGAAGGUGUAUAAGUAAAAUAGUUUUAUUAGCUUGUUUUUCGUUAGGUUUAAUUUUGCAUCUGUAGGUUAUAUUUAGUUUUUAUAUGUCUAAUC